GGGUUAGGAAGCAAUCUAGUAGACUGGCCCAGUGCAUAGCCAGUGCCUGGACAAGGGUACUCAUUAAUAUAUUAACCAGAUUCUCAGCACUUUUGUUUUUAAAGUGCUCCCUUGGGGCCAAUCUUGGGAGAAACUUGUGGGCUAAUCUUGGCUGUGUUUGUUCCUGAAUGCUGUGAUUUCAGCGUCACUAAAUCUCCUGGAAAUGUCCUAAUCAUGCUACCCUAGCUGUCCCUUCCUGGGUGCAGAGUGUGCCUUCCAGGGCCCUGUCGGAUGUACACAGUUGUAUGGAGUCCAGGUUCAGAGAGGGUGAGGCACCUCUAUUACUCUCCUGGUCUAUAGAGUGGUAAACUGAGGCACAAGGAGAGGGUGGAACUUGUGGGUGCCCCUUUAGCUGCUGAAUGGCAGAACAAGCACUUGGGCUAGUUCAACUGAGUCCAGCACCUAAAGGUAGAGAGAUUGGAGAGCUGGAAGUGGCCUCGGGGAAGCCUUCCGGCAUGACUCCACGGGGCUGGAGAGAGACCUUGGGAGAGCUGGGAUUCAUCUGCUCAGGGCUGAACUGGAUUCAUACUGAAGGUCACCUCGACGCCAGAGAGUCCACCAUGGCCUCAGACCACCAGACACAGGCGGGCAAGCCCCAGCCCCUUAACCCCAAGAUCAUCAUCUUCGAACAGGAGAACUUCCAGGGCCAUUCCCACGAGCUCAGCGGGCCCUGCCCCAACCUGAAGGAGACUGGUAUGGAGAAGGCGGGCUCCGUCCUGGUGCAGGCUGGACCCUGGGUGGGCUACGAGCAGGCUAAUUGCAAGGGCGAGCAGUUUGUGUUUGAAAAGGGCGAGUACCCACGUUGGGACUCCUGGACCAGCAGCCGGAGGACAGACUCCCUCAGCUCUCUGAGGCCCAUCAAAGUGGACAGCCAAGAGCACAAGAUCAUCUUAUAUGAGAACCCCAACUUUACUGGCAAGAAGAUGGAGAUUGUAGACGACGAUGUGCCCAGCUUCCAUGCCCAUGGAUACCAGGAAAAGGUGUCUUCCGUGCGUGUGCAGAGCGGCACGUGGGUGGGGUACCAGUACCCUGGCUACCGUGGGCUGCAGUACCUGCUGGAGAAGGGGGAUUACAAGGACAACAGCGACUUCGGGGCCCCUCACCCCCAGGUGCAGUCUGUGCGUCGCAUCCGUGACAUGCAGUGGCACCAGCGAGGUGCCUUCCACCCCUCCAGCUAGAGCCCUGACCCUCCCCUUCCCCAGGGUCCAGGCCCGCCACCUCGGAGCCUCCUGACACCCAGAGUGAAGAAUAAAGUGUGGCUUGCAACUUG